GAUGCGAUUUAUACGUUUGCCUGCAUAGCGUGUUUGUGUUUCGUGCUGUAAGUGGUGGGUGGCACGACAACACUUCUCUGGAUUUACUCUGACAACGGAUUUCGCAGUCACCACCGAAGGACAGGGAGGAUUACAAAGACUGCGUGCGGCACCGGGGAGCAACGCUCCUGAAUUAUCCAAGACGUGAACUGUUGUGAAAGAGGAAACUGAUGCCACCGCAGACUCCACAGGGGCUGAAAACUAAGAACUAUGACAACUUGGCAGAUGGAUACUGCUAACAUCAGCUGCAGACAAAGCCUAAUAUGGACUUGACCAUGUAUGGAGUCCACCGAGUCAUCCCUGAGAACAACUUCACCAUUCACCAAAAUGACACACAGGCAAUCAUCUCUGAUUUUCAGCAGGCUUCUAUGGAGGAUCAACAUCGCUACACUACCAGCCUCUUCCUCUCCAGCUUCUACAUCAUAUUCCUGUUUCCCGUUGGCUUCAUUGGGAAUAUCCUCAUCCUGAUCGUCAACCUGGACCACAGAGGACGCUUGUCAGCCCCAGACCUCUACUUUGUGAACCUGGCCGCCGCUGACCUCACUCUGGUGGCCGACUCUCUGAUUGAGGUGUUCAACCUGAAAGAGGGCUACUAUGACAAAGCCGGCCUUUGCACCUUCAUGAACCUUUUCCAGCAGGUCAACAUGUACAGCAGCGUCUUCUUCUUGACCUGGAUGAGCUUCGACCGAUUCGUCACUCUGACGAGCUCCAUCGGUCGCAACAUGCCACACGCGAGACUCACCUGCUGCCUCAUCUGGGCGUCUUCAUCCCUCCUCACCCUGUUACCCUUUGGCAUCGCUCAAGUUCAGCAUGCGGGAGAACUCCAUUUCUGCUUUGCCAACGUGACCCAAAUUCUGUGGCUGGAGGUGACGCUGGGUUUCUUGCUGCCUUUCUGCAUCCUGGGCGUGUGCUACUGGAAAAUAGCACAGGUGCUCCGGCACAGCCAGAGAGAGCAAGGCAGCCCACAGCGGAGGCCUCGCAGGCAGAAAGCCCUUCGAAUGAUCUCGGCAGCCGUGCUGGUCUUCUUCCUCUGCUGGCUCCCGGAGAAUGUGUUCAUAAGUGUUCACCUCAUAAGAGGCGACACAGAUGGCGGCACGCUGUGGCAGGACUACCCCUUGACAGGUCACGCUGUCAGGCUAGCGGCCUUUUCUAACAGUUGCCUGAACCCUCUCAUCUACGGCUUCCUCGGAGAGAACUUUCGGGUAAAGCUGAAGCUUUUCCUCCAGGAGAAGACCAAGUGCUACAAGCUGCACAGGUCAGGCUCGGGGAAAUCUAUCUACAUACCAGCCGCAAGGACGUCCGUGCAACAUGCAACAGACCAAGUCAGCCCAAACAUUUCAUCUCCAACAUCCUCCCUGAAACUGUUAUACAGUCCUCAGAUAAAGUGCAUAUAGAGGGUCACACACACACCACACAUGAAAACCAUGUGUGUCAUUAAAAGGACAAUUACAAAGCAAGGACUCCAACAGCAGUGUGUUUUAAAAUGAGACUCAUUUGAGUCAUUUAAAUGAACAAUGUAGACAUCAAAAGCCAGUAACUGGUCCAACAUGACAGGGAAGUGUUUUUUUAAGUAUUCUUAAUGGUAUUUUUUUUAUUAUCUGCACAUGGCAAGUGGACGGAGGCUCUUCAGAACAUUGGAGCUGACCAAUUGGAAGAGACAUUUUAGGACAAGUGUGGCCUCUCUAGCUUAGCUUAGCACCCAACAGCAAAUUCACUGGCACUUUAUUUUCAGCAGUUA